AUGGCGUCCGAAAAGAAAAUUAUCUUUAUUACUGGCGCUAAUUCCGGCCUGGGCUACGAGGUCGUCAAAGCUCUGUACGCCACAGACGUGCCCUACGAGCUCAUUGUCGGCACACGCACCCUUUCCAAGGGCGACGACGCUAUUGCCACGCUCAAAACCGAGGUCGCCAGCUCUUCUUCCACCCUGAGCACUCUGCAGGUAGACCUCGCCUCGGAUGCCUCCCUCGAGGCAGCCGUCAAGACCAUCGCCGACAAGCACGGCCGCCUCGACGUUCUCAUCAACAACGCGGGUGCCAGCUUCGAUGGCCACCUGCGCGACGGCCAGAUGUCUAUCCGCGAGGCCUUCAACGCCUCCUGGGAUACGAACGUCAGCGGCACUCAAGUGCUAACCACGCUGGCCGUGCCGCUGCUGCUCAAGUCUUCAGACCCGCGGCUAAUGUUCGUUACAUCGGGCACAUCGUCGAUGGCCGAGACCCAGCCCGAGAACUGGGGGGAUCUGAAGCACAUGCUGGGUCGCAUCAACGGGUCGCCCGAGAAAGGCUGGCCCAAGGCAAAGGAGCUCAACCCCAUCACGAGCUACCGCUCUACCAAAACCGGCUUGAAUAUGUUGAUGCGCGAAUGGACACGUAUCCUGAAGGAAGACGGAGUCAAAGUCUGGGCCAUAAGCCCCGGCUUCCUGGCUACGGGGCUGGGAGGUGUCGGCAAGGAACAACUGCUCAAGAUGGGGGCCCUGGAUCCAUCUGUCGGUGGGCAAUUCGUACGAGAUGUUGUCCAGGGCAAGAGGGACCAGGACACUGGUAAAGUCAUCAGGAGUAACAUGAUCCAGACCUGGUAG